AGUCUUCUCGUUGUAUCGCGUCAAGCGCGAGAUCUUGCUGACACGCGUGCAGCUGUGCGCCGUUGUCAUCGUCGCACCGUGUGCGUCGUGGUCGAGGAUGCGCACGCGCAUUUUUCAUCGCCGUCUUCUCUCCCGUCGCGCGCGUUGGUCGUGCUCGUCGUGUAUCGUCAUCGUCGCGUCGGUGUGCCAUGCCGCAGCCGUCAACGAAAUGCGAGCAAAGCCGCACGCCCCUCCCAUGCGGCUCGCCGUGACGAGGAAGAGGAGGAGGUCGCAGCGGUCGCGCCUUCAUCUUUCUCCGCCCACCACGGCGGGCGGCCUCCCUGAGGUGGAGCCACCGGCGCAGGCGCACACGCGGCCGCUCUCUCCUCACACUCCGGAGCGCCGGACCACUACGUCACGGCUCCCAUGAGCAGCGGCGCGCAACAGCUAUGGCGGAUUCCAUCGGCGGCCCCGUCGCCGCUCGCCGAGCACUCUGACGAGUAUCCUCGAGAUGCGCAAGGAAAAGAGCCGGGACGCAGCCAGGUCACGGCGGGGCAAGGAGAACUACGAGUUUUACGAGCUGGCCAAGAUGCUGCCGCUACCGGCGGCCAUCACCAGCCAGCUCGACAAGGCCUCCAUCAUCCGCCUCACCAUUUCCUACCUGAAGCUCAGAGACUUUUCCCAGCACGGACACCGGCCCUGGCUCAGGGACACGCAGCCCUCAAAGGCACUCAAAGGAGCUUCACUUCGGGGACGGUCUAUAAACAACUUCGCAGUGGACAUUUUCGAACAGCACCAAGGCACGCACAUUCUACAGUCACUAGAUGGUUUUACCUUUGCGCUGGGAGCAGAUGGCCGCUUUUUGUACAUUUCGGAAACAGUGUCCAUCUACCUUGGGCUGUCUCAGGUGGAGAUGACAGGCAGCAGCGUGUUCGACUACGUGCACCACCAGGACCAUGCCGAGCUGGCCGAGCAGCUGGGCAUCAACCUGUCGCAGUCGGUGUCCUCGCCGUCGGGCGGCUCGGGCGGCUCGGACGACGGCUCGUCGACGCCAAACUCUCUGGACAGGCCAGCCCCCGUGAUGACUCUCAGUAGCAGCGCAGCCUACAAGGGUCUAGAAAGGUCCUUCUGCGUACGCAUGAAGUCUACUCUUACGAAGCGAGGCUGCCACUUCAAGUCGUCCGGAUACCGGGUGGUUCUGGUCCUGUGCCACCUUCGGCCCCAAUACUCGUUCUCGCCCGGCCGCUCCAAGCAGCCUCCGCAGAUUCUGGGCAUGGUGGCGAUGGCGAUCGCGCUGCCGCCGCCCUCGGUCAACGAGGUGCGCCUCGAGUGCGACAUGUUCGUCACGCGGCUCGGAUUCGACUUCCGCAUCGCCCACUGCGAGCCCCGCGUCGCCGACCUGCUCGACUACUCCCCCGAGGACCUGGCCGGGCGCAACCUGUACGCCCUGGUACACGGGCAGGACGUGCACAAGCUGAGGAAAUGUCACGUGGACCUGAUGAACAAGGGCCAAGUGAUGAGCGGCUACUACCGGAUCAUGAACAAGAACGGUGGCUUCACCUGGAUGCAGACCUGUGCCACGGUCAUCUGCAACAACAAGAACUCUGAGGAGCAGAGUAUCAUCUGCGUCAACUACGUUCUCAGUGGCGUGGAGUACGAGCACUGUGUGAUGGACUGCAGCCAGAUGCGCGGUUUGGGCGACAUCAAGCCCGACGAUCCGAGCAACUCCGAGAGGGGAUCCACGCCGGACAACGAACCACGAGAAGAGCGGUCACCAGGCCGUGCUGCCGAGCCUUCGCCCAAGGGCCACGAGGCGCCGCCAUCGUCGACCCCCGCUCUGGGAGGGAGUCAGGAUGUUCCCUCUGCCGCCGAGCAGCAGCACCUGACGCAGCUGGGCACUGUGGGGAAGCUUGACUCGCUCAGGAACGCCAAGAUUCGAGGCACGAGGCGGUCCGAUUCGAACUACGUUCAAAUGGCCUGCCACGCGUACGUGGAUGCCUACCAGGAGGGAUCCGAACAUCCGUCAGCUAGUCCAGCGCGCUACGAGGCGGCAGCCGCACCGGCGGCCAGCAGCGCCAAGAGUUCCCGCAAGAGGAGCUCGGACGAAAGCGGCAGCCGUGCCAGCCCGAAAUGCUCGCGGCCGGGCAGCCGCGCGUCGAGCCUACAGCCGCCAAGCCCGGCCCGGAGCCUCCCGCCGCCGGACGGCUACGGACGGGCCUCCGAGCCGCCGCUGGUGGUCGUCGACGACCCGGCGUCGUCCGCCGUCUCCUCCCAGGGUCCGACGUCGGGCAACGGCGACGACUCCUGCGACGGUCCCGACGGCCUGUCGCGGCCGUGGAAGGCGGGGGGAGGAAGCGGCCAGGUUUCCACCGGUGAAGGGCUCACCGUGCGCGAGCUCGAGGACGCCAUGAAGAAGCACCUGCCCGAGGUCCGAUCGGCUCGCUCGGCGGCCAUCCAAUGGAUCGGGGCGCCCCAUCAGUCCGGUUCCGGGGCGUCGGCACACGCCGCCGGCGGGCCCUUGCCUGCGUCGACGCUGCUACGGCAGCUGUACGUCAACCGCGAGUCGGUGAUACGGUCCGGGUCGCACGUGUCCGCCGCCUCCUCGCGGCCGACGUACUACGGAGACGUGCCGACGCCCCCCGAGGGACCUUGGACGACGCCCGACGCGUUCGUCCUGCCCCCGUACGCCGGCUACGUCGAGCCGCCACCCCCGUUCUCGGCCGUCACGCCGCCAUCGUCGGUGUCGCCGCGCGACAACAAGCUAGGCCUAACCGAGAGUCCGGCCUUCUCCGAAGCGGCGGCCGUGGCCGCGGCGGCGGCGAUGCCGCACAUGCGCCACUAUGUGUCUGCGGCCGAGUUGCCCCUCAAGCCGCAGGUGCUGGUCCAUCCGGGAAGUCUGGACUACGCGACGCCGCAGGAGCAGCAGCUCUACGCGGGCGGUUUUCACCUGUACGGAAAGCCCAACGGUGCCUGGUACUCGCAGCAGCCGAACACGUAGCGCCUCCCGUGGCUUUCAUCGCCCGCUUGUUCUUCUUCUCCGGCUAUGUGUAAAUGUGAGACUCUUGACGAGACCAUUGCGGCGCCCUCUGCGAACUCUUUGGACACAACUACGGGCGUACGACGAUUCGCGUCGGCGGAGGGCCGCCCUGCUUCGCGCGAGUACGUCCCGGCAACUUCUCUACGUGAGCGCGAUAGUCCGCGUUCGCGAUCGUCGAAAC